GAGUUAUCACAUUUUGUAAGUUAUUACCACAACAACCCUAUGAAUCCAACCUUCAAUUUUCCCAAUAAACAAGUGGUUGACAUUAUUGGAAAACACUAACUUUUUGUCUCAAAACCCCACACAAUAAGAUCCACCAAAUUCCCACACCUUCACUCAAAAUCCUAAAUCACCCCCAAUUGUUUCAGUGCCAAUCCAAAAUCAUCAAAUCAAGAAAAAAAAUUAAUAGUACUAAAAAAAAAAAAAAAUCCACCCUUAUUUAGCAACCCUAACCCCAAAAUUUUGUGCCCCAAUUUUGUUUGAAAUCUCACCACCAAUGGACAUAGACUUAACCCCAACCCCCACCCCCACCUCCGCCAAAAGCCCGGACGACAACGAAAUCGACACGCCGCCGCACACUAGCAACGGCGGCGGUGGCGGCGGCGCACUCAAGCACCACCACCACCACCUCCCUCGUCGCCGCCAUCCGCCCAUCGCGGCGGCAUACAAAGAAUGCAUGAAGAACCAUGCAGCCGCGAUCGGCGGCCACGCGGUGGACGGCUGCGGCGAGUUCAUGCCGCCGCCGCCGCAGCCGUCCCCCGACCCCGCGGCGCUGACCUGCGCCGCGUGCGGCUGCCACCGCAACUUCCACCGCCGGGACCCCGAGUCCCCGACCUCCGCCGCCGCCAUCACCCCGCCGUUCCUCGACUUCCGCCACCCCGCCGCCCCCCUCCCCAAGCGGUUCUCCCUCUCCCUCUCCCCCUCGCCGCCGCCGCCGCCUCCGGCGGCUGCGGCGGCCCCGUCGCACGUGUUCUUCGCCGGCGCCGAGGACCACCACCCGGCGCCGGUGACCCCCACCGUGGAGAAUCCGGUCGGCCGGAAGCGUUUCCGCACGAAAUUCAGCCAGGAUCAGAAGGAGAAGAUGAGAUCGUUCUCGGUGAAAUUAGGGUGGAAAAUGCAGAAAUGCGAUGAGGCGGCGGUGAAGGAAUUCUGCCAUGAAAUCGGAGUUUCCAAAGGAGUGCUCAAGGUUUGGAUGCAUAAUAACAAGCACACAUUCAAGACGGAAAGCGGCGGCGGCAUUGCUAAUGGCAGUGUGAUCAGCUUCGAGCAUAGCGGCGGCAGUGGCAGCGGCGGCGGCGGGGUGGAGGAGAGGAAGAGUGAUCGCAACGGUAAUAUUUUUGUUGAGAACGGAAAUGGAUCAGUUCAUCGUUUCUACGGCUCCUCUUCUUCACCUGCGUGAUGUAACUUUUUUUUUUAAUUAAAGGUAGAUUGAUUAAUUAAAUGGUGUUUAAUUGUUAAUGUGUUUGCUUUUUGCUGAUUAACGGUAGGUUAAUCGCUAAUCAAAUGCAGGAUUAGGGAGUAAUUAAUUAGCAAUAAAGGGUUAGUAAUUUGUGUUA